CACACAGACAGGUGAAGCCUCUCCAGUCAGUCAGUCAGUCAGUCAGUCCGGUUGAUGAAGAUGAAGACGAGUCUGCGGCUCUUCCUGCUCGUCGCCGUGGCGACCUGCGCUGCCGGGAAGCCUCUGAGCAAGGCAGCGGACCGGAACAAGCUGCUGCUGGUCUCCUUCGACGGCUUCAGGUGGGACUACGACCAGGACGUGGACACGCCGCACCUGGACCAGCUGGCGCGGGACGGGGUCAAGGCCAAAUACAUCACCCCCCCGAUGCUGACCAUGACAUCACCGUCCCACUUCACCACCAUCACCGGCCGCUGGGUGGAGGACCACGAAGUCGUCCACAACAUGAUGUUUGACCCCAAGACGAACCUAAAACUCCCUCACAAACAGACUCUGAAACAAUCAAAGUGGUGGGACAACGGAGUCCUGCCGCUAUGGAUCACAGCGCAGAACCAGGGUCUGAAGACCGCGUCCUUCUACUUCCCCGGUGGCGCGGCUAACUACAGCGGCCAGGCGGUGGACCGCGUGCGCGUGACGGACGCCGGCCACCCGGACGACAACGAGACGGAGUGGCGGCAGAACAUCGACACGGUGAUGAGCUGGUUCGCCGACGAAGACUUCGACCUGGUGACGCUGUACUACGGCGAGCCGGACAACGUGGGCCACGCCCACGGCCCGGACACGCCCGACAGGAAGCGGAUCAUCCGGCAGAUCGACCGCACCGUGGGCUACCUGCGGGACGCCAUCGGACGCCACCGGCUCAACGACAGCCUGAACGUCAUCAUCACCUCCGACCACGGCAUGACCACCGUCAAGAAGCGCCCGCAGGUGGACGAGAUCGUCCUCAACAAGUACCUGAACUUACUGAAGCUCGUCAGCUUCGAGAUCCUCGACUACGGCGGCUUCGGCAUCCUGACGCCGCGGCCGGGCAGGGAGCAGGAAGUGUUCGACGCCCUGUCCGGCGCGCCCAACCUGACCGUGUACCGGAAACACCAGCUCCCCGAGAGCUUCCGGCUCGCCAAGAGCCAGCGCCUGCCGCCCAUCGUGGUCGUCGCCGAUCUGGGCUUCAACCUGAACUCCAGAUUCAUCGUCUACGUGAACAAAGGCGACCACGGCUACCAUAACGGAGAGAUGGACAUGAAGAUGAUCUUCAGGGCCUUCGGACCCGACUUCAAGAAGAACUUCGUGUCCGGGCCGUUCGACAGCAUCCACAUCUACCCUCUGAUGUGUAAAGUGCUGCAGAUCGAACCGGCGCCGCACAACGGGUCUCUGGAGCAGACCCAGGACCUGCUGCUGCACAGCGGGGGGGGGUCCCAGAGAGGCCGGCUGUCUGCUGCUCUGCUGCUGCUGCUCAUCACAUCCACGCUGCUCUAACUGACCCAGGACCACUGGAAACUAAACUCAACUGCAAUGAAAAGAUUAAAAAAAAAAAAAAGAGGAAUAUUCUGGCAGCUGGGGCCCCCAAAAUAUACCUCACAAUAACUUGUCCUUUAAAUAAAUACAUACAUGUUCCUUAAUUACAGUUUGUAGCUUUAAUUUUAACAUAAAAUGUGUGUAUUUUUUGGCUUUGUAAUGUUUAACAAACAAUAUUUACACCUUUUUAAAAAAGGUAAUUUUAUCUAAUUUAAGAAACGUAUUUACAGUAUUGAACUUGAAUCGAACGAUUUUUUAAAUAAAAGAUAAAUAUUUGGAAAAUUAUAAGUUUUGUGAAUGCAUUUUCAAAAAACAUCCCCGUAACACCAUCACCAAAAAAGGAUCGAUCAAUAUCUCUCUCUCUAUUUCCGUUUAAUACAGGAUAAUGUAUAUGUAUAUACAUAUAUAUAUCGAUCGAUAUAUAUAUAUAUACAUACACACACACAUAGUGUAU